UAUUUGAUAGGUUAUAAUCUUAUAGACGUGCAACUUGAAACUCUAUCACCACACACACCCAUGCUUAUUUAGGUUUGUGGAGGUAAAAGAAAGCACGCAAGCACCAACAGACGAAGCUCCAAAAUUCAUCAACAAAAAUUGCUCGUCUUCUCAACUGAAUCUGGGUGUAGUUCAAUUCUCUUGAGACGAAGGGGUUUUGAGGAAAAGAUAUGAGCUUUUCCAAUUUGAAUGACAUCCAAGUUUUUGCAUUUUAAGAUGUUGUCUGGUAUUCUAGGGGUGCCAACAACACCCUUGUAUAGGAGGAAUAGUCCUGCUCUGUCUGUUUCUUCACUGCAUUCAAACCUCAAGUUCAAUAGAAUAUCAAUGGCUACUUCAGCUUCCAAUGCUGUGUUGGGAGAUGUUUAUGUUGAUGACUUGGUCUCGAGUUGCGGCGGUGUGUUGAACCUCUCAAAGCCAGCUUAUGCGUACUUCAAAGAGAGAGCACGCAAUGGUUGCCUUAGAGCUAGAGUGAAUCCAACAAGACAACAACUCUUUGGCUGUUCCAGUUUUGAUGGUAAUUCAAGUUUGCUUCAUGGACCAAGGGUGAAGAAUGUCUCGUCCUCUUUAUCUGCUCUCUGCUUGGCUAGGGCGGUUCAUGAUGUCUCCAUUGAUGGAAGCCCUCCUGAUGAACAGCUUGCAAAUUCCUCUACUCUGCCUAACAUAACUACUGUUAGUGGGAAGACCUUGAAGAUGAUUGCAGGAUCAUGUUACCUACCUCAUCCAGAUAAGGUGGAGACAGGGGGAGAGGAUGCUCAUUUUAUUUGCACAGAUGAACAAGUAAUUGGUGUUGCUGAUGGUGUAGGUGGUUGGGCAAACGUUGGUGUUAAUGCUGGACUUUAUGCCCAGGAACUUAUGUCCAAUUCAGUGAGAGCAGUUAAAGAGGAGCCAGACGGUUCUUUUGAUCCAGUGAGGGUGUUAGAGAAGGCUCACUCGAAUACAAAGGCCAGAGGUUCAUCUACAGCUUGCAUCAUUGCCCUUACUGAUAAGGGACUACAUGCUAUUAAUUUAGGUGACAGUGGAUUCAUUGUGGUUAGAGACGGAUGCACCAUUUUCAGCUCCCCUGCUCAACAGCACGAUUUCAAUUGCCCAUAUCAGUUGGAGCGUGGUAAUGAAGGUGAUCUACCCAGCUCUGGUGAGGUUUUUACAUUACCUGUUGCUCCAGGAGAUGUCAUCGUUGCUGGAACAGAUGGUUUAUUUGACAACUUGCACAAUGAUGAGAUCACUGCAGUAGUUGAACAUGCAGCUAAAAUGGGACUAGAACCACACAUGACUGCUCAGAAGAUAGCAGCACUUGCUCGUGAGAGAGCACUGGACAAGUUUGGGCAGACACCAUUUUCAACUGCUGCUCAGAAAGUUGGAUUUCCUUAUUAUGGUGGAAAACUUGAUGACUUAACAGUUGUUGUGUCAUACAUACCCAACUCAACUAGCGAGUAGUGACUUUUUAGCAUCUUCACAUAUUAGUUUUAGUUCCAUAGUGGUUGGCUAGGCCUGCUUGGCAUUUUUGUACACUGAAUGUUCUCCUACUUGUUCUAGUACUACUUUCAAUCUUAUUUCAUAUAAUUUCAGUCUCA